AUGGCACCACAAGCUCUGCUACCCGAGAGCAUCACUCUCGAUGAGUUUAACGAGAAAACUCUCGCAGAACUAGACGAGUUCCGAUAUGGCGAGGCUGUUGGCUCGUUCAGCUCUCAGAAACCGAAACGGACCAUGAACCACGAGGAUGUCAAAACCUUGGUUGAUUGGAAACUCCGUCAUGGAAAGUUUCGCCCAACGCUCAUGAAACUAGUUUCGUCAAACGAUGCCGACUCGGUACAGGAAACCGUCAGUGGCGCCAUCAAAUCAUACUGGGCAGACCCAAACCCCUCCAAAGCUCUGGAUGGCAUCUGUAAGCUCAAGGGCGUUGGUCCUGCAACAGCAUCUUUGCUUCUCUCGGUACACGAUCCUGAGAGGGUAAUUUUCUUCUCUGAUGAGGCAUUCUACUGGCUCUGCUGCAAGGGCCAGAAAUCUCCCAUCAAGUACAAUGCCAAGGAGUACCAAGAGCUGAACAAAGUUGCCCAAGCCGUAGUCAAGCGUCUGGGUGUCAGCGCAACCGAUGUCGAAAAGGUGGCUUAUGUGAUGAUGAAGCAAGGCGAUGGUCAUUCUCUAUCCUCCAAACGAGAGAAGGAUUUGCCCACAGAUGUGCAGCCGACUGAAGCCUCAAGGUUGGGAAAACCAUCCAAGAGGAAAGAGAAGCCGGAAAGACAAGACACCUCAGACUCAUCUCUGAGACGAUCAAAACACGUUGGCCUAUACUCUACUGUCAACCGACGAGGAGCCAGUGUUUGGAAGAUGAACAACAGCGUUUGGUGUAAGGCUGUCGUCAACAACUCAAAGUGCCAGAUGGAGGCCCAGUAUCCGGAUCCCGUCACAUUCUGCCGUCCCGAGUAG